AAGAAGAACCUGCGACAACCCAUCCAACGUUAUCCGAAGCGGUCUUUCUUCAGUGGUCGAGCGAGCCGGAGCCGGAGCCGGAGCCGGCGGCGCCACUCCUCGAGCACGUACAAUGCGAGGCCCGUGGGCGACGAACUGGCGGUCGCUGGGAAGAAAGACCCUCCGCUCAUCGUCUUCUUCAUCGUCUUCUUCCUCUUCGCCUUCGCUGUCUUCGAAUUUGAAGCUGCUUGGCCCGAACCUCCCCGACGUUUGGAUGAUGCCCGGCCCCCCCAGCUCCACCAGCGCCUUCCGUUCCCAGUCUUCAGCAGCUAAUGGGCAAACUGCUAAUGUAAUAAAUGGGAAGUCCAUUGCAAGAGCUAUUAGAUCAGGAAUAGCCAAUGAAAUUUGCAGAAUGAAGGAAACCAUUGUAAAAUCCCCGGGAUUGGCUAUUGUGUUGGUUGGUGGAAGAAGGGAUUCACGAACUUUUAUUCGUGUCAAGUUGAAGGCUUGUGAAGAAGUUGGGAUAACGACCUAUGUAGAGGAGUUACCUGAAGAAUGUACAGAAGAUGAAGUUCUGCGCGUUGUUUCCAGAUUAAAUAACAACCCAUCAGUUAAUGGUAUUAUUGUGCAACUCCCUUUGCCACAACAUGUGGAUGAGGAGAGAAUCAUCAAUUUCGUGAGCCCAGAGAAAGACGUGGAUGGCUUCCAUCCCCUCAAUAUGGGGAAUCUUGCCAUGAAAGGAAGGGAGCCACUUUUUAUUCCUUGUGCUCCUAAGAGUUGUAUUGAGUUGUUGUUGAGGUCUGGUGUGGAAAUCAUGGGAAAGAGAGCUGUGGUAGUCGGGAGAAGCAAGAUUGUUGGGUUACCCAUUUCUUUGCUAUUGCAGAGGCACCAUGCAACAGUCAGCACAGUAAAUUCUUUCACCAAAAAUCCAGAAGAGAUUACAAGUGAAGCCGACAUUGUGAUUGCUGAUGUGGGAAAACCCAAUUUAAUCCGUGGCAGUUGGCUAAAACCGGGAGCUGUUGUAGUGGAUAUGGGGACCAGUCAAGUUCAGAUAUACUGCACUUUGCUCAGGGAAGGGAUGUUUGAGGGGGAAGGCUUCAAAAAAAGUGGUUCUUUCAGAAAAGAAAUGACAAGUGAACAAUCAGGGAUUGAGAAAGGGCAAAGCCUUAGAAGAUGAAAAGUCUACUUGCAGGAUUUUCUUAUGAAAGCUUUGAUUCAUGGUCACUAAAAUUAGCAAAUAGAUCUAGAACUGUAAGGUCCUGACUCUGACAGAGGUGAGCUUCAACUCACGGUUAGGAUUGAUGUAUAAAUGCUCAUUGAUGCCAAUAAUCUCAUGUAAGUAGCUGCUGUGGUAUAAGUGGUCAGUUAAUAGGUGGUUUUCUAAGAACUAAUGAUAGUUCCUCAGUCCCACUUGAAAGAACUAGCCCCUCUGCUCCGUUUCCACUUUGAGCAAUCUACUGUAAUAGAAGCUUUACAUGUUA